UGCUGGGUGUCAGCUUUUAUUGGCACGGCACAAAGCAAGUGCCAAGGGUUCGGUGGGCUCGACUCCCCGCCGCAGAGUGUGGAUAAAAGCAGAGCAAAAUGCCUCAGCCGAGCUCAGAGGCAUAGACAUGUUGGGCUGGAACGAGGAAGUGCAGUGGAGAGGGGAGGGACUCAGGGCGCAGCUCCAUGGGGCCGCCGCGGCGCUGCGACCUUCUGCACAUGGAGCCGGGGAGAGUUGGAAGAACUUCAUUCUGCAAACUCAAGGAAUAGCAGAGUACUUGCACCGCAUGGAGACCGAAGAGGCCCAGGAAAUGGCGCAGAUGCCAGGCAGGGAGAGCCCCCCUGCCAACGAAGCGUCUGAGGAGGCAGAGGAGCCCAUGGCCGUCCCCGAAGACCUGUCAGCCGGUUCCACCCAUCAGCAGAACAACCGGGGGGACAAAGCCUGUAACAUUAAAGUUGAGGCUCGCAGUGAUGAGGAGAGUGGGCUGGCCUGUGACAUGAUGAAUGGCGUGGAGGAGGAGGAGUGCGCGGAAGACUUGCGCGUGGUCGACCCCUCCGGGGCCAAGCUGAACGGCUCACAGCCGAGUCCCGAAGCCAAGGCCUUCUCCUCGGCUGGCGGUAUCCGACUGCCCAACGGGAAGCUCAAGUGCGAUAUCUGUGGGAUAGUUUGCAUUGGCCCCAAUGUGUUGAUGGUGCACAAGCGAAGCCACACCGGCGAGCGGCCGUUCCAGUGCAGCCAGUGCGGCGCCUCCUUCACCCAGAAGGGCAACCUGCUGCGUCACAUCAAGCUCCACUCAGGGGAGAAACCCUUCAAGUGUCACCUGUGCAGCUACGCCUGCCGCAGGAGGGACGCCCUCACCGGACACCUGCGCACCCACUCAGUUGGAAAACCGCACAAGUGCGCCUACUGUGGCCGGAGCUACAAGCAGCGCAGCUCCCUGGAGGAGCACAAGGAGCGCUGCCACAACUACCUGCAGUGCAUGGGCCUGCAGAACAGCAUCUACACAGUAGUAAAGGAAGAAAGCAACCAGAAUGAGCAGAGGGAAGACUUAAGCCAGACGGGAUCUGACAGAGCCUUGGUGCUAGACAGACUAGCUAAUAAUGUAGCUAAGCGUAAGAGCACUAUGCCCCAGAAGUUUGUGGGAGACAAACGUCUGUCGGAUCUGUCGUACGACGGCGGAUCGGGAGAGCUCAUCCAGCCGCACGUCAUCGACCAGGCCAUCAACAGCGCCAUAAGCUACCUGGGGGCGGAGUCUCUGCGGCCCCUGGUCCAGACCUCCCCGGCGCCCUCUGACGUCGGCAUCGGCUCCAUCUACCCGCUCCACAAGCCGGCCCCCGAGGGCCACGUGGGCGCCGUCCUGUCGGCCAAAGACAGCGCGGCCGAGAACCUGCUGCUGCUGUCCAAGUCGGCGCCCAGCGACAAGGACGGCUCGCCCAGCCACAGCGGCCAGGACUCCACCGACACCGAGAGCAACAACGACGACCGGACGGGCGCGGCCACCGGCCUCAUCUACCUGACCAACCACAUGGGCAUGAGGAACGGCGUGCUGCCCCUGGUCAAGGAGGAGCAACAGAGGUAUGACGCCAUCAGGGAGGUGGCUGCCGACGGCUUCAAGGUGGUGACGGCGGACGGCGAGCAGGUGAGGGCGUACCGCUGCGAGCCGUGCCGCGUACUCUUCCUGGACCACGUCAUGUACACCAUUCACAUGGGCUGCCACGACCACAGAGACCCCUUCGAGUGCAACAUCUGUGGCCACCGGAGUCAAGACCGCUACGAGUUCUCAUCUCACAUAACCCGGGGGGAGCAUCGCUGAUGAGCGCCCCCUUCAGUCCACAGUGGAAAAACACAACAUAUUACCAAGUAUUUGGUCUAUUUUCUAGUGGAAAUACCUUAAUUCACUUGAAAUAAGACAAAACACUUUUCAUUAGGGAUGCACCAAUAAAUCGGCCCUGAUUUCCUUAAUUUUGGGAGCAUGGUGAUUAGCUGAUACUUAUGUGAACUUGGCAAAGGUCAAACAAUUACCCACUGCUGCCAAUUUAGCAACAUUUCAGACAAAAAUAUCAGUACGGGACAGAAUCAGAAUCGGCAGGUCGGGCUUUUUAAAGAUUGCGAUCGGCCAGAAAACUGCAAUCGGUGCUACUCCAUGGAUGAAAAGUUACUAGUUAGUUUUGUCUUAUUUCAAAAGUACUAAGAUAUUAGACAAAAAAUACUUAGUAAAGUUUUGUGUUUUUGCAGUGCAAAAAUGACAAAGCAAAUACCAUUAAAAAAAACCACUCAUCUGCAAUAAAAGCGUAGAAAUACAUGAUGUAAAAUACACUCCUAAUGUCUGGAAGUUUUUAAACCAUUUGCAUGUAUGUUGAUAUAUGAAUAUAUGAAAAACAUCUCUUUUUUUAUUAUUUUAAAUAAAAAGUUUCCGAAAACAUGAACAACUGUUGUAGAAAAUGCAGCCAAAAAUACAAAAGGACCUUUUUCUUUUUAUUCGUAUGAACAAGACUUGCACCAAAAUAAAAAAAAGAACAAAGAUUCAGUGCAAACAAAACCCAGCUAACACUGGAGGUCAAUACAAUCAGUAAAAGGUGAGCCCAGAGUCCUGUAAAAUGUCUCAACCCGUCACCUUUUGCUUGUCUUUGUGGGAUUAUUUAUGAAACAUUUACAUGCUUGUCUGUUUUUUUAUAUUUAUUACAGUGAUUGGUGUUUUGUGUUAUAGAGUAGCAUCUUUUUUCUGUUCAGCUGUACUAAAAAUGUGUGUGAGAGGAAUUUGUGUCUGCUGCUGGAGGCUGUUCAUGUAAAGGAUCAAGAUCUGCUGUAUCGGAAACUAAAAGUAAAGUUACCAUCAUCUGGAGAGAGGGUUACGCUUUCAAGAUGUCAAUAAAGGAUAUUUUAUAUAUGCA